AUGAGUUCUGCAUCAAAACGACAAAGAGCAAAUGAUGAUAGGAUUAGUGGGUUGCCAGAGCCAAUUUUGUGUCAUAUUUUGUCAUCUCUUGAUACCGUUGAUGCAGUUAAAAGCAGCAUUUUAUCCAGGAUAUGGAGACACAACUGGACCUCAGUAGCUGAUCUCAAAAUUCAUGAUUCGUUGUGUCCUAACAGAAGGUCUAAAAGAGCUAAACUAGCACAUAUGAAAUCCUUUGUGGAUCUUUUAAAUAGGGUUCUGAUGCUCCAUAAACACCCCUACAUCGAGAGGUUGAGUCUUACACUGAAUAAUGCAUAUUCUACUUCUGAUAUAAACUCAUGGAUAUUGGUUGCAGUAACACAUAAUGUUGAGGAGCUUGCUCUUUCCAUCCGAAAUGAAUGUACUCUUCAGCUUCCUAAAAUUCUUUUUACUUGUGAAUCUUUAAAGGUUCUGAAGCUUGAUUCUAGAAUUGAAUCCUUAAAGUUUCUGAAGCUUAAUUCUAGAAUUAAGGUCAAGAUUCCAAAAUUUGUAUGUCUCCGAGUCUCAAGGUCCUACAUCUUGAAUCUCUCCAUUAUUCUAGUGUGA